AACAAGCCCCGCCCCUAGCAACAAGCCCCGCCCCUCCCGCAGCGCCCCCUGCAGGCCCGGUGGCGGCGGCGGCGGGCGCAGGCCGCGCGGUGCCGGUGGCGGCGGCCAUGUCCCGCCGGGGCCCCGCUGAGGCCUCGCCGUGGGGCCCGGGCACCGGCCGGCUGAGGCGCUUGCAGACGGCGGGGCCGGAGCAGGCGCAGGCCCAGCAGCUGCAGGAGCUGCGGAGCAGGACGGAGAAAGCGGAGCGGAGGCUGCUGGCCUGCGAGAACCUGGUGGGCGAGCUGGGCAGCAACCUGGCAGCGCUGGGCAGCCUGCUGCAGGACUACGGGCAGCUGCAGCAGCGCCUGGACAACGUGGAGAACCUGCUGAGGAACAGGAACUUCUGGAUCCUGCGCCUGCCCCCCGGCAGGAAGGGGGAAAUCCCCAAGGUGCCGCUCACGUUCGAUGACAUUUCCGUGUACUUCAACGAGCAGGAAUGGGAGACGCUGGACAGCUGGCAGAAGGAUCUCUACAAGGCUGUGAUGAGGGGGAACUACGAGACUCUGAUCUCCCUGGACUAUGCCGUGGCCAAGCCUGACAUCCUGUCCCGGAUCGAGAGGGAUGAAGAGCUCUGCAGCAGAGGCUGUCGCGAGGCCCCGCAGAUGGACAUCCUGGAUGGGCAGGAGCCCCCGCAGACGUGCGUCGGAGAUGGGCAGGAGCCCCCACAAAUGCAUCUCAGAGACGGGCAGGAGUCCCUGGAGAUGGAGACGUGCAUCCAAGACAGCCAGGAGCCCCCAGAGACGUGCAUCCAGGACGUUCAGGAGCCCCCAGAGACGUGUAGCAGAGAGAGUCAGGAUCCCCCGCAGCCGUGCAUCCAGGACAGCCAGGAGCCCCCCCAGACAUGUGUCAGAGACAUUCAGGAGCCCCCACAGACGUGUAACAUAGAGAGUCAGGAGCCCCCCCAGCCGUGCACCCAGGAGAGUCAGGAGCCCCCCCAGCCGUGCACCCAGGAGAGCCAGGAGCCCCCGCAGACAUCCAUUACAGAUGUCCAGGAACCCCCCCAGGCACCAGCAGAUGUGGAGCAGGUGGAAGAGGACUUGGGAGACGACGUAGAAGUGGAAGAUGCGGAAGAUGACAUGGACUGCGCUGCGUCCGAGCCUGACGUCCUGUCCCGGAUCGAGAGGGAUGAAGAGCUCUGCACCAGAGGCUGCCAGGAGAGCCCACAGCCCUGCAUCCGAGCUGGGCAGGAGCCCCCACACACACCAGAAGAGACGGGCGGGAAGGAAGAGGCUUUGGGAGAACAGAAAGUCCCCUCGGAAGCUGGCACAGCAGGGCUGCCCAUCCUGGUGAUGAAUGUCACGUCCCUGAGUGCGCGGGGAGAGGGGCUGAGCAGGGACGUGAAGAAGGAGACAGAGGAGGAAGAGGACCCGGCCGAGCACGGCUCCGAGCAAGGCUCUUUGGCAGAGGAGAAGGCCUGUGAAGGGACCUCUCCCCCUGACAGCCUGGAGGUGAAGGAGGUGGGGCCCAACGCCUUGCCAAAAGUUUCUGCACCUUCUCCUGACCCGGCGAUCCAGAACUGCCCGGGAGAGCAGGCCAAGCCCAGGAGCAAGAAGAAACCCAGCAAGUGCUCGAGCAGCAGCCUGCUGAUGGGCGACUGCCGGCGCGGCUACGUGCGCGAGUGGUCGCACCCCUGCACCGAGUGCGGGAAGCGUUUCCGCCUGAAGAUCAACCUCAUCAUCCACCAGCGGAGCCACGCCAAAGAAGGGCCCUACGAGUGCACGGUGUGCGAGAUCAGCUUCACAGACAAAAACCGCCUGGUCCUGCACCAGGCCAUCCACACCCAAGACAGGGCUUUUGCGGCCAAGGUUUGGGGGAACACGCACCCGGAACUGAGGAUAGGGCCGAGGAAGAAGCUGUGCAGGGCUCCCGGCAGCUCUGCCCACAGCCUGGGUAACAGGACGCACGCGGGGGGAGCCUGGCUGGGCCCGACCAAGGAGGAGCAGGACACGGGCAGCCUGUCGGGGUGUUUCUCCCCGCAGACGACGCUUCGCAAUUACGCCAGACGCCCCCUGAAAUGCGAUCUUUGCGGUAAGUUUCUGUCUUGCUCCUCGAACCUCCAGCGGCACCUGCAGACCCACUCGGAGAAGAGGCCGUUCCGCUGCCCCACCUGCAAGAAGGGCUUCACCCGCCACACUCACCUGGUGCGCCACGAGCAGAUUCACGAGAGGCAGAAGGCCCUGGAGGGCCGGCAGCACAAGGCAGCCUAGGGCUCGACCGCGGCCAGGAGGCCGCAGCCCAAAGCAGCCCCGGGGGUGCCUGGCGAGGCACCGUCCUCGCUGCUGCCAAAGCUGCUCCGCUGAAAACCUCCUGGUGGCUGCUGUGGAGCUCAGGCUUGCAGUUACCAGACUGAUAAAACAGCCCGGCUUGGGAGAGGCCCACAAAGAUCCUCGAGGCCAACUCGAGAACUGCUGCUGUGACAGUGGAGAGUAGGAAGUAGGGAAGCAGCCUGGGGGCAAGUGGCAACAGGAGGGAUCCAAAUCGCUCGUGUCCCUGGGCAGGAGCUGUGAGCGUUCAGAUUCCGUCCAUGGUGGGGUACCAGGGCUGUGAACCAUCAUCCAUCAGCUGGAUUUCAGGAGCUUUCCCAAGUGGCAGAAUAAAUCAAAGCUUGGACCCCGUUACGUGGAACAAAUUCCAGAAGCCUCCAGCGAUUAAAAAUUUGCUUUGCUAUUCCUCAAACUCGUGCCUGCUGGGUGAUGCACGGGACUGCCCAAAGUGACCCAGCAGACAGCUCACCCCGUGUGUGUGGUGCUGAAGCUGAGAGCUUCAUUUUGGAAACACAAUUACACAGUGAAGAGGACAGAGGGAAGCAGACGGACAGACCAGAGUGGGUUCCAGAGGAGCUUCUCACUUCCCUGAUGGUUCUUGACCAAGGCACCAGGCAGAGAGAGCGGCGUCUCGGAUCGUCCUUGUCGGGUGCCCCGUCCUGCUGGGGACAUCUGCCACGCAGGGACCUCCUCGGGAACAGCUCUGGGAGAUAAGGAGAGCGAAACAACCCCCACCUUCUGUCUGUGUGAUGCUGCUGCUGUUCCUGAGGUCCCGGCACCAUUCCACUGACAAGGCCAGCCUCCAAAACCCUGUAUGAGAGGGUUUGUGCCCCAAAACCAGCCUGCGCCCACGGUCACUUUUACAAAUACUCGCUGGGUAGGAUUCCUGCUGCACCACAGCCUGUGCGAGGACCCUUCCUCGGGGCUCGGACGCGUUGUUCUGACACCACCCCAGCUGCUCUGUGCGGGACCAUCCCCUCUGCUCAGCCCCACUGCGCCGUGCUCGCUCCCUCUGUCACUAAUCACAUGGAAGCCUACCUCAACGCGCCGUGGAGGGGCAACCUGGUGGGUGAUGCCAGCCGAGGCUCUGGUGGCCCCAAGCAUCACUGGAAGCUCGUGGCCCCGUCCCAGCCCCGUGUGCAGCAGGCACGCCGCUGGGAAGCACGAGGCACGCGUACGGAGUGAAGGAAUCGGUCCAGGCCAAGCGGAGGGGCUGAUAGGACUCCCGAGCUGUUUUAUUUUAUUUUUUUGCUUUGUGUCCAUUGAAUUAUUUGAUGUUCUAGUUUGAAAUCACUACGUCUCUGCCCCUCUCCGGGCAGGGAGUGUUGGGAACCAGUUUCCUUAGGAGAUUUUUAAUUCCUGGCUGCCUGCAGGGUCCGAGGGGCUGCGAAGCCCUGCGGGACGUGGGUGGUUGGUGCCGGGAGGUGAUGGGGCCGGCAUCCAGCCGCUUACCCCUGCCCAGUUUGCCAUCCCAGUGCUCCCAAUUGAUCCCAGUUGAUCCCAGUACCACAGGGUACGAGUCAAGCCAGCGCAGCGGGCAGCCGGGAGGUGGCUUCGAGCUGUGACUGGGACCAACUUUAUUUUGUAGGAACGCUCCCAUCCCUUUCUCAGGCCGUGGAAUCCAUAAAGUAUUUGUCUGUAGGGC